CGACACCACGCCCGGUUUAUUUCAUUUUUUUUAAUUUUAGGGUCUUACUAAGUUGCUCAGACAGCACUCGAAGUUGUGAAUCCUCCCGCUUGCCUCGCUCGGUACUGAAAUUGCAGGCAUGUGCCACUGCGCCUGGUUUAAAUCUCCCCUGUAGAAGCGCUCCCCGCUAGCCUCCAGAGCUUCGCAUGAUCGCUCACUAGUCAGCGGAGUCACCUUAGUCCAGGGUCGAGGGAGGUGGGGGAAUAAGCCGGCAAAUCAGUUACUGAUAAGCCAAGCGCCUCCGGCUAGCCCUCAGGGGAAGCACAGGCGCCUGCUGUGUCCUCUGAGGUGACAGUCAUUACCUAUAAACACUCCCCGCCGGCCCCUGAGGGUGGGGAGGGCUGGAAAUUCCGUCAGCUGUCUCAAAGGAUGGAGAUAGCCAGGCCUCGCUCUAGUUUGCCAUCUGUGAAACGGGGCCACAGCAAGUGGAGAGGACGUGCGUGGGUACGCAUGGGGAGAGGACUUCGAGGCUGCUCCUCCCUCCCCCGAUCUUUCCCACUUCAUUCCCUAGGAUUAGAAAUUUGGCCAUUCGGAAGUUUGUUCUUGGAGAUCAGAAAACCUCCCUCGCGAGGGUACCGGGGCUGGAACCCAGCAGACGGGAAAAAGUGCGCGCGCUAACCCCUGCGUGCCAACGUCCUCCCGCGCCCGGAUCCCCGUAAUCCUCCCGCUCCCCCUCCCGGUCCCCGCCCCGCUCCAGCUCUCCGAUUGGCCAAGCCCGGCUGCCGGCCCACCCCGGGAUUUAAAGGGCCAGCUUCACCUCACCGGCCUGGGAGCCGCUGUUGGUCCCGGCCUUGUGGCCUGCGGGGGAGGCUGCCGGGAGGAGGAGGCUAUAGUGGCAACGGCGGCAGCGCGUCCUGGCCCCCAGGAUCACGGUUUUCUUCCUGCCAGAUCUGUCCAUCUGUUCACCUGUCUGUGGGGGUCCACAAUGGCCACCUUCAGCCGCCAAGAAUUUUUCCAGCAGCUACUGCAGGGCUGUCUCCUGCCUACUGUCCAGCAGGGCCUUGACCAGAUCUGGCUGCUCCUUGCCAUCUGCCUCGCCUGCCGCCUCCUCUGGAGGCUGGGGUUGCCAUCCUACCUGAAGCAUGCAAGCACCGUGGCAGGCGGCUUCUUCAGCCUCUACCACUUCUUCCAGCUGCACAUGGUCUGGGUCGUGCUGCUGAGCCUCCUGUGCUACCUCGUGCUCUUCCUCUGCCGACACUCGUCCCAUCGCGGUGUCUUCCUCUCCGUCACCAUCCUCAUCUACCUGCUCAUGGGUGAGAUGCACAUGGUGGACACCGUGACAUGGCACAAGAUGCGAGGGGCCCAGAUGAUUGUGGCCAUGAAGGCGGUGUCUCUGGGCUUUGACCUGGACCGGGGCGAGGUGGGUGCCGUGCCCUCACCUGUGGAGUUCAUGGGCUACCUCUACUUCGUGGGUACCAUCGUCUUUGGGCCCUGGAUACCCUUCCACAGCUAUCUACAGGCUGUCCAAGGCCGCCCAAUGAGCCGCCAAUGGCUGCAGAAGGUGGCCCGGAGCCUGGCGCUGGCCCUGCUGUGCCUUGUACUGUCCACUUGUGUGGGCCCCUACCUCUUCCCCUACUUCAUCCCCCUCGACGGUGACCGCCUCCUUCGAAACAAGAAACGCAAAGCCAGGGGCACCAUAGUAAGGUGGCUGCGAGCCUACGAGAGUGCAGUCUCUUUCCACUUCAGCAACUAUUUUGUGGGCUUUCUGUCUGAGGCCACAGCCACACUGGCAGGUGCCGGCUUCACCGAGGAAAAGGAUCACCUGGAAUGGGACCUAACAGUGUCCAGACCACUGAACGUGGAGCUACCCCGGUCAAUGGUGGAAGUUGUCACAAGCUGGAACCUGCCUAUGUCGUAUUGGCUAAAUAACUAUGUUUUCAAGAAUGCUCUCCGCCUGGGCACCUUCUCAGCUGUGCUGGUCACCUAUGCAGCCAGCGCCCUCCUGCACGGCUUCAGCUUCCACCUGGCUGCGGUACUGUUGUCCCUGGCGUUUAUCACUUAUGUAGAGCAUGUCCUCCGGAAGCGCCUGGCUCAGAUCCUCAGUGCCUGCGUCUUGUCAAAGCCAUGCCGACCUGACUGUCCACACCGCCACCGCUUGGGCCUGGGGGUGCGAGCCUUAAACUUGCUCUUUGGGGCCCUGGCCAUCUUCCACCUGGCCUACCUGGGCUCCCUGUUUGAUGUCGAUGUGGACGACACCACAGAGGAGCAGGGCUAUGGCAUGGCGUACACUAUCCACAAGUGGUCUGAGCUCAGCUGGGCCAGUCACUGGGUCACUUUUGGAUGCUGGAUCUGCUAUCGUCUCAUAGGAUAGCCCAUAGGAGCCCUCAGAACCCCUCAGAACCUCUCGUCAGAGUAAUAGCUCUGAUGGGGGAUGAGGGAAGGCCCUCUACUCCCUGACUCCGAUCCAUUCUUGACCCCCAACACCCCUACACACACACACACACACACACACACACACACACACACAGAGCGUUCCCAUGCCUGUCAGUCCCCACCUACAAGGCGGGAAGGGAUGAUCCCUGUUGGGGCCUAGGGGUGGGGGAUAUUUGGGAAGCAGAGAGGGGGAGAUCCAGGGCCUCCCCGCCGGCCUUCCCCCUUUUUAUAUACAGUUUAUUAUUGUCAAAUAAAAGUAGAAAUAUAG